AUGGCGGCCGAGAGACUUGCUGGCGACCUGCUCGGCGAGAUACUGUCGUGCGUUCCUGUAAGGUCAGUGUGCCGCUUCAAGUGCGUCUCCAAGGACUGGCUCAGCCUCAUCGACCACCCCGAUCACCGCAGGAAGCUCCCUCAAACCCUAUCCGAAGUCCGCUUCACCAGUGUCUUGGGGAAAAACUGCCCGCCGAUGGACACCUUAUUCGCCUUCCUGCCUAGCCACUGGCGCAUCAAUCUAUUGGACUGCUGCAAUGGCCUCCUUCUCUGUCGCUGGUACGACAUUUCCGCUCUUGCUUAUGGGUUUUGUUACAUCGUGUGCAAUCCUGCCACGGAAGAGUGGGUUUUGUUGCCCAAUCGCAGCCAUGAAAACAAGGUGUCUACUAUAAGCUUGUGUUUUGAUCCAGCCAUGUCCCCCUAUUUCCAUGUGUUUUUGUUGCCGGCCGUGGAGCAGUCAGAGGGCUGCCUGCAUUAUGCUGGUUUUGACACAGAUGACAAUGAUGAUGUUGUUGUUCAACUGCUAGUUUAUGUUCUUAAAGACUAUGACAGCAAAGAGUGGAUACUGAAGCAUAGCGUUGAAACUUCGCAUGUGUUUGGAGGGCGACACAUAGAAGACCUUGUUGAGGAAUUUAAUUGGAUUGCAAUUCAUCCGGAAUGUAACCUGAUCUUCUUCACUAUGGGCCAGGAUAUCACAUUCAUGUGCUAUGAUAUGGAUCGUCGACAAGUCAAAGUGAUAUGCAAUCUUGAAAAAGGCAAGCUGCCAUAUUUUCCAUAUGUGCCGUUAUAUGAAGAGCUACAAUCGUUGCACAAGUGA